AAUUCUCUCCGAUAUAUAAUUUAAAAAUGUUUAAACUUCUCUGCGUGUUUGCUGUUUAUUUUGCAGUUAUAUGUGCAGAAGAGAAAAAAGCUGAAAUAACAUGGGGACGUAUUAUAAAAGGAAAAGAUUAUCCUGGUGUAACUAUAACAUCGAGUAAGGAGAAAACUGAUAUUACAUGGAACGAACCAGUAAACGCACAAAUAAAUCCUUUAAAAUUAACUUACAACAUUGGAUUUACAAAAAAGAAAACAACUGAAUAUGUCAAACUCGAAAAUUUGUGUGGUGAUGUGAAAAAAGGCACAUCCGAAGAAAGGGUUAAGAAAUUUAUUUUGAAAACACUUACAAGUAGUGAUGAUUGUCCAAUAAAAAAGGGUGCAAAAGCAACUUUCAAAGUACCUUCAAUUUCUACGUUUAAGAGUGAUAAAAAUCAAUGUGGACCAUAUCGAUCUGAAUUCAAUAUAUUCAGAGCAAGAGAUCAAGGCAAUGCACUUCCAAUUAUUACCGGUAUUUUUCGUGGUAAUAUCACUGGCUGCAAAUAAAAUUCAUAAAUGAGCAGCUGUCCCAAAAAGAAAACUAAUUUAAUGCUUUUCUUUCAAACUAAGACAUUUACUAUUGUAUCAAAAAUUAUAAUUUUUAAUUAAUUAUGCGUAAUUUAUUGUGAAACAAACAAAUUCUAUUUCUUGUUUUU